GCGACGCGACACGGCAAGGCCGAGGGUGUGGUGCACAUGCGCUGAAUUGCGUUCAUGUCGCCCGCGUUUCAAGGUGACCUUCAACUCGUCGCUCUGUACCGUUCACUAUACUCUAUGUUCCUUUCACUUGUGCACGACUACACGUUCUCAGAACCGGUUUUUGCCUGAACGCGGAUAUAAACUUUAUCGUCGUACCCGGUGGAAUUUAUGACAGCACCCUGUGGACUCCAGCACUUCUCGUUCAUCAUCUAUUAUCUCAGUCGUCGAGACUGACAAGACAAAUCGAUAUGCGUCAAGCACGAGAUGUUAUUCGCGAAGAAUGCGAAGUCCUAAAGAUGACCGACAAACAAAUCAAAGAAAUAAUGUGCAGGCUUCAUAACGAUUUGAAGAAAGGGCUUAGCCGCGCUGAUCAUGACAAAGCUACAGUAAAGUGCUGGAUCACAUACAUACAAGAUUUACCCAACGGAAAAGAGAGAGGUAAAUUUUUGGCAUUAGAUUUAGGUGGAACGAAUUUCAGAGUUUUAAUAAUAAAUUUAGGGGAAAACCAUUUUGAUAUGCAGUCCAAAAUCUAUGCCAUACCAAAACAUAUAAUGACUGGCACCGGCAUUGCUCUAUUUGACCACAUAGCCGAAUGUUUAGCAAAUUUUAUGAAGGAGCACGGAGUUUAUGAAGAAAGAUUGGCACUUGGAUUUACAUUCAGUUUUCCACUAAAACAACUGGGUCUUACAAAAGGCGUAUUACAAAGAUGGACUAAAGGUUUCUCUUGUUCCGGUGUGGUCGGCGAAGAUGUUGUACAGGGCCUUAAAGAUGCUAUCGCCAGAAGAGGGGAUGUACAGAUUGACAUAUGCGCUAUUCUGAAUGAUACAACCGGUACAUUGAUGUCCUGCGCAUGGAAAAACCACAACUGCAAAAUAGGACUCAUCGUUGGUACUGGCAGCAACGCUUGUUACGUCGAGAAAACAGCGAAUUGUGAGCUGUUCGAUGGCGAACCUGACAAAGAGGAACUGCUCAUUAAUACCGAGUGGGGGGCGUUUGGGGAUGACGGCAGCCUCGACUUCGUGCGGACCGAGUUCGAUAGAGAAGUAGACGUCACAUCCAUAAACCCUGGCAAACAAAUUCAAGAGAAGAUGAUUUCUGGCAUGUACCUGGGUGAAUUGGUGCGGCUGGCGCUCGUCAAAUUCACUCGAAUGGGCUUGCUGUUCGGGGGUCAAGGUUCGGAUCUUCUGUUCGAAGGGGGCAGCUUCUAUACCAAAUACGUGUCUGAAAUUGAAUCCGAUAAACCCGGAGACUUCACCAGCUGCAUGGAGGUCUUGGAAGAACUCGGUUUGUCUCACGCGUCUGACGCGGACAUGGCGGCGGUGCGCUACGUGUGCGAGUGCGUGUCGCGGCGGGCGGCGCACCUCGUGUCGGCAGGCAUCGCGACGCUCCUCAACAAGAUGAACGAGCCGAGGGUCACCGUGGGAAUCGACGGCUCCGUAUACCGCUUCCAUCCGCACUUCCACACGCUAAUGUGUGAGAAGAUCGCUCAACUUGUCCGACCCGGACUACAGUUCGAUCUCAUGUUAUCCGAGGACGGCAGCGGGCGUGGCGCAGCCCUAGUGGCAGCGGUGGCGUGCCGGGAAGCGGAACAAGGGUCGUAGAUAAGUUCAAAAAACUAAACGCCGAACGAUCUCUGCGCCCGUGUUCGAGGCGAUGCAGCCUGAAGCCUUUCCACUAGUUUGUAGCGUAUUUUCAUAAACAUAAAACACGUUCACGUUCAUUUUAGGCCAACAUUAUUAUUACCUAUAAUUUGAAGAACGCCAUAACCCCAAUUAAUUAUGCCUUAACACUGUUUUCAAGCCUGCUCGAAUUAAACAUGCAUCAAAAUGUUCACUACAAUCUUUACACAAUUUAUAGUGCAAUAAUUAUAUUUACCAACACGUUACAUAAUUCAAGCAAUUUUUUUCCAAACUUUCGUAAUAGAGGAUAAGUAUUUUUUUUUAAACUGAUUUUUCGGUUCUUGAAAGCGAUCGCCCAGUUCAAAUACUUUAAGCAUUUUCCUUUGCCCUGUACUUAAUUUUAGUGUAUUGAAAAGAGACAGCCAAUUUCCUUUAGACUGAUGAAGAUGUUACUUGAAAAAAAUUCAAUGAUUCUAGUACUGGUACGGCGCUUGAGUGAGACAACAUAGAUGUAAAGAAUAACGAAGGCUUGAGGCUGUUUUAGGGUACUAGGAGUACUGUAGUGUUGAAGGUACUGUGUGCUGUAUCGACGGUUCUGUUGUCGCUCUCUGUCCGCGAGCCAGGCCUCGUCUCUCCUCGGUUUGGUUGCACCAAACACUAAAAAAACGGUACGCGUGCAACUUGGUGUAAGUGAAUGAAGUGAAACUUCUUUUUCGAUGUGUAGUAUUGUGGUUUUCUUAAUUUUUCAUCUUUAAAUCAGAUUGCUCUUGUAAUAGGGAAUGCUGUGUAUAAGAGAUGCGACGUCUUCAACAUUUCUAUUCGAUAUAUUUGAAAAUAAAGAUAGAAAACUUCAAUAUUGGACGCUAUUCUUUGCUAACACUCGCGUAUAACCAGAUAUGCUACGCGUAUGCGUUCGAGUGUCACGCAUUCACUCUCGCUGUCUCUUUCUAUUCCAUGGUAGCGUUAAACGUCUAACGCAACCUUAUUGGAAGUCGAAUUAGAAGUUUCACUUCAACAUAUUGGCCGUAUUAACUUAAACGUUACUUAUUGUACUUAAACGCGGUUAAUAGACCCAAAAAUAUCAUACGUAUGUGAACUACUAAUUAUUGUAUUUACCGUACCAUUUAACUUAGCCGAUUUCGGUCAACCUAAUAAAUAUUAUUACAAAGACUGAUUUUAUUUGUCGAAGCAUCGGUUUUAUUGAAAAUAAAAUCGUCUUAAAGACAAAACGGGAUAUUCGGAGAAUAUUACCCUUUCCAGUGACUGUUUUAAAAUUAGUUAGGUUUUCGAUGCAAAUACCCAUCUCUGCCAGCACACAGUCGUUUAACGGAAUUGUUUAUCAAUAACUAUCGUUUCGUUGUGCUAGAACUAAGCAAUAAAUUUUGAAAACGUGUUUUGAAUAGGAGGGAAAGCCUAACAGCUGGCAUGUUAGAGACGUGAGUCUGUAGAUAGUGAAGUAUAUAUAAUAGUAAUAUUUUAAAUAUCAUAUUCAAAUACAUAGUUAUAUUGUAUAUUAUGUAAUGUUUAUCUAUUGAUUUAGAAAGUUUGAUUGAUGAUAUUUAGUUUACAAUGGAAGCUAUUAGUAGUCUGUCAUUGAAAUACGUUUGGACGACACGUAGCAUCCUGUGUGAAUCUCAAUAUCAUUUGUACAAAUGUUGUACGCUUCAGUACACUCGACGCGUGGUGUUUCAUUAUCUAGAUCAUUCCAUUAGCCAAUCACCGAACCACGAGUGUGCUUAUUUAGUGACUUAAAGUUAACAUGCAUAUACAAAUACGUAGUACAACAAAUAAACGCAAUAUUUUCUUACACGUUUGUUCUCGAAGGUUUUGUAGUUUUUCACAAUCAAUUUUUUAAACUUUAUAUAUUAAAAUUCGUAUUCAUAAAAUGUUUUUUUUUUUUUUUGAAAUCGUAUCGAAAAUUUUGUUUUGCAUCAAUUCAUUAGUUUUUAUCUUUAUGCUGUGAUAGAUCUUGUAAUAUUUUCUAAAAAUGUAAUAUGUAGUUAUAUUUAUUUCUAUCAUUCAUUUAUUAUGUAUUUAUUAAAAACACCCUAUACUAGAACUCUGAAGGAAUUUAAAAUGUAAUAUCCAAACUAAUAAACCAGUUCGCUAAAAAUUCACACUUUGAAUACUUACACAAUCUAGACUAUUAAAAAGUAUCAACUUACUAAAAAACAAUAAAAAUCUUCGAAUAAUCAUUAAAAUCAGCGAUAGAAUGAUAUUAUAGUUCCUAGUUCUAUGUAUGAAUAGGUGCGUUUUAAGUUAUGUAGUGUUGUAAGUACUUAUUACGUUCAGUUAUAGUUACGUUGCAUUGAGUUAAAGUUCUUAUAUAACGAUAAGGUGAAGGAUUUCAACGACGUACAUUAAAAUACUGUCGCCGAUUUUUUACUCUAUAAUAUUUUAUAAAGGUCGAAUGGAUAUAUAUUUUUUUUUAAUUGAACAUGUAUGAAAAGAAAAUUAAAUUAAUACUUUAUUAUACCGAACUUGGUUCAAAGUACUUACGUUUAUACAAUAAGUACUAAAUAAGAAAUUAAAGAAAAUACUUAAUUUCAUAAUGAUGUACCCACCAUGCACAAAAGCACAAAACAUGCUGUCUUCUUUCUCAACAUCAAUUAAGAAUUGUUCUUACAAACCGUAUCAGGUGUAUCACUAAAGAUCGGAAAAUUGAAUUGUGUUUAUCGUAUAAUAUGCAUGAAAUACUUCAUUUUAUUUCAUUGUUGCAUUUUAUUUUGGGUAUGUCGUUUUUUUUUUUUUUUAAAUUGCUCAAACUACACUUAUAAUACAAUUAUUUUAUCCAGUGAACUAUUACUAUGUAUAAGAUAAAGUGCGACAUUCCAUCGACCUAGCACUUAUAACCAAGAUAUUAUUUUACAUUACAUAUAAACUUACUUUGUAUUCGGGUUUCACUAUUUCUGUUAAAUUGUAAGUGACUACGUCAGUAAUAUUAUUUAUGCUGUUUUUUUUGUUUUUUUUUUAUGUUAGCGAACAUUAGUCCGUGGUUGUUAAUUUAUAUAUAGUUAGUUACACACAAAAAUAUUACUUAUGUAAAUGUAAAGUUUUUUGUUGAUGAAUAUUCUUUUCUAUAUGAACUGCUCCAUCUGUGUAAAGCGUUUAUAAUAUGUUAUUCGGUUUGAGAAUAAAUUAAUUCCAAUAAA